UGAAAAGGUGAAAGUGCGUUUACACCACCGAGGGGAACAUGAGAGGACUCCAACUUCUCACAUUCACCCUUGGUCUGGUCUUAACGGGUGGGGGCGCGCCGCCUGCGGACGGAGAGGAUGGAGAAUACGCGGUGCUCAGCUCCAUGCUGGCGGACUUUGAGGUGCUGCGCGUCUCCAGCCUGCAGGCUCACUCUGUCCGCCGGCGGGACAUCCAGACUCAGACUCACGUGGAGAGACUCAUCAGCUUCAGCGCCCUGCAAAGGCACUUCAGACUUUACCUGAGGACCAACACUGAGCUGUUCACAGAAGACUUCCAGGCAGUGUUCAUGGAGGACGGGCAAGAGCGCCGCUAUGAGGUCAACCGGCAGAACUACUUCACUGGACACGUCAUCGGUGAAGAAAACUCUCGUGUGCAGGCGCACAUUGAUGACAACGAGUUCUCCGCCCACAUCCUGACAGAUGAGGCAGAAUAUAACAUAGAGCCACUCUGGAGGUUCAGUGCGGUGCCCCCUGAUGGCCGCCUACUGGUGUACCGCUCUCAGGACAUCAGGAACAUCAGCCGGCUGAGCCAGCCCAGCGUCUGCGGCUACGUGAACUCCAACUCCAACCACCUGCUGCCAGACAGCAUGAGGACAGCCAUCUUGGGGGAAAUGGGGGAAUCUGAGGCUCCAGUAAGAGACAGACGUCAGAUUCACGACCACCAGAAGAACACGUGUCCUCUGCUGCUGGUGGCCGACCACCGAUUCUUCAGACACAUGGGUCGCGAGGAGGAGAGCACCACGCUCAACUACCUGAUCGAGCUGAUCGAUCGUGUGGACGACAUCUACAGAAACACGUCCUGGGAUGAAGAGUUCAAAGGUUAUGGCGUCCAGAUCCAACAGAUCAUCAUUGAGAAGAUACCCACCAGCGUGCCCCCCGGAGGAGCCCACUUCAACAUGAGAGGAAGCCCCGUAGAGGGCAAGGAUAUCUGGGACGUCAAAAGGCUGCUUGAGCAGUUCAGUGUGGACAUGGCAGAGAAGGCGUCGCAGGCGUGUCUGGUUCACCUCUUCACCUACCAGGACUUUGAUGAAGGGACUCUGGGGCUGGCCUACGUCGCCCCCUCCAGGCAUGGCAUACCAGGAGGCCUCUGCUCCGAGAAGUGUCCCCCGUCUUCAGCUGAACACAGAGCUAUCUACCUCAACACUGGGCUAACCAGCACCAAGAAUUAUGGGAAAACCAUCCUGACCAAGGAGGCGGACCUCGUGACCACUCAUGAGCUGGGUCAUAACUUUGGGGCAGAGCACGACCCCGAUAACAUUGCCUACUGCGCCCCCCGGGAGGACCAGGGGGGCAAAUAUGUCAUGUACCCCAUCGCCGUGAGCGGAGACCAUGUCAACAACAAGCUCUUCUCCAACUGCAGUAAGAGUGCCAUCGUGAAGCGUCUGAGGAGCAAGGCAGCCUCCUGCUUUAAAGAGAGGAACAGUAACGUCUGUGGGAACUCCCGGGUGGAGCAGGGGGAGGAGUGCGACCCCGGCCUCCUGCACAUCAACACCGACCACUGUUGCACCUCCGAAUGCAAGCUGAGGCCAACCGCACAGUGCAGCGACAGGAACAGUGCGUGCUGUAAAGGCUGCAAGUUCGAGGCCAAGGGCGAGGUCUGCCAGGAGCCCAUUGAUGCCACUUGCAAGGGAAAGUCCUACUGCACAGGAAACAGCAGCGAGUGCCCACCCCCAGAAAAUGCUCCAGAUGAGACUGUUUGUCUGGACAGCGGAGAGUGUUUGAAUGGAGUCUGUAUUCCUUUCUGCGAGGCGGUGUUAAACCUGCAGUCCUGCGCCUGCAACGAAACCAACUCAUCCUGUCAAGUGUGCUGUCGGAGUGCCCAGGGUGUGUGCGCCCCCUACCAGGAUGACACAGGGAACUUCCUGUUUCUCCGCAAGGGCAAGCCGUGCACCGUGGGCUUCUGUGAUGGAGCUGGGAAGUGUAUGAAGCAGGUCCAGGACGUGAUUGAACGGCUGUGGGAUUUCAUUGACAAGCUGGACAUCAACACGUUUGGGAAGUUUCUGUCUGACAACAUUGUGGGUUCUGUCGUCGUCUUCUCUCUCGUUUUCUGGGUCCCUCUCAGCAUCCUAGUUCACUGUGUGGACAAGAAGCUGGACCAGCAGUAUGAACAAACCACCAAGUCUCUUUUCUUUCCCAGUAAUGCCGAGCUACUGAGCAGCCUGGAGCUGGCGUCAGUUCGGAUCUUCAAACCUCCCGGUCUCACAUCGGCCCUGCGCUUUCAACCCUCCGGUCCCCAACAGACCAGCACACCACCAGUCACCGGCCUUGCCUCCAUCACAGGCCCUGCCCCCAGUCCAGCUCUGGUCCAGUCACCUCUCUCCCAGUCUGCUCCCCUGCCCCCGCUGGACAGCCCUCGCAUGGCCACCAUCCAGGAGGACCCCAGCAUCGACUCCCACCUGGAUGGAGAGGACCUGGAGGAGGCCUUCGCCAGGGCGGGGGGCUCUGCACUGCGCUCAUUUGAGGACCUGACAGAACACGCCCUGGGUGGACGCAGCAACAAGGCCCUGUCCUUCAGAAUGCAGAGACAAAGGCAUGUCAACAGCAAGGAGACAGAGUGCUGAAACACUCUGAGGAUCGAACCUCAGAUAAAAGUUCUAAUGUGUUUGUUACACUUCACCUCUCCCCCUCUUCCACAUGGAGAUCAGAGGUCGGUGUCUGGCUCAUGGACACUUCAGCAGAGAUGAGGAAUCAAACCGGUUACAGGACAAUUUCUUUGACAAUCCUGCUGCCAGCGGCGUUGGCCUUUUCACCACACACUGAGUUACAUUGUUACUAAGAGUUUUGGUCUUUGUGUUCUGGAGCCAGUUGCGUUAAGACAGAACGAGUCUGAAUUAAAUUGGAUUUUUUUUUAUCAGACUUGCAAUAGACGCUAAAUUGUAGCUGUUACAUAAGGCUCACCUGGGAGCAACUAAAGUUAUACCGACUUGACAGAGGACAGAAAAGCCGGAUGAAAUGACGGCUACACUUAGCGGUGUAAGGGCAAUACCGUUUUCAAAUUCAGAGAACCCCCAUCUGCUGGAAGAACAUGUGCUGAAAAACACAUCGUUGAAUAGUUUUAUAUACUUACUUCUUGAUUGUUUAUAUCUCUAAUAAUAAUAAUAAUAAUAAUAAUAAUAAUAAUAAUUGUAUUUAUAGAGCACUUUUCUAAAACAGUGUUACAAAGUGCUUCACAAAAACCCCCAAAUAAACGCAGACAAGGCAAAAAUAAGAGUAAUAUCAAAUAAGAGUAAAAAUAAAAACAGUAUAAAUAAAAAUGAAUAUUAAACAUUUGUAAAAGCUUUCAUAAAAAUAAAAGUUUUGAGACAAGACUUAAAAGAAGCAAGAGACUUGGUUUGUCUUAGUUCAACAGGAAGAGGGGUCCAUAGUGUGGGGGCUCUAACAGCAAAAACCCGACCUGGGAAUAACUAGCAGGGCUCCAUCUGCAGACCUUAAUGGUCGAGGCGGGGACAUACCAAGUCAAUAAAUCACAAAUGUAUGAAGGAGCAAGACUGUUUAAAGCCUUAAAAGUGAGCAGUAAAAUUUUAAAAUCAAUUCGAAAUGUAACGGAGCCGGUGUAGGGAGGCAAGUACAGGAGUGAUAUGAUCAUGCCUCCUUGUCCCGGUAAUCAAUCAAUCAAGUUGCAUUUUAUAUAGCGCUUUUCUAGCUGCAACAGCCACUCAAAGCGCUUUACAUUUCUGGUCAAAUGAGCCGAGUAGUGGCAUUUUGUACCAACUGCAGACGGUGGAGGGAACCCUUGCUGGUACCAGAAUAAAGUGCAUUACAGUAGUCGAGCUGAGAAUAGAUAAAAGCGUGUACAACUUUUUGCAAAUCGGCAAUUGAUAAAAAUGACCUAAUUUUGGAGAUUAGCUUGAGGUAGAAAAAGCAUGACUGAACAACAUGUUUAGUUUGAUUAUCAAAACUGAGGUUAGCAUCAAAUAUUACCCCAAGAUUCCUAGCAGCCUGCUUAAGACUGCCCGACAGACCACCAAGAUUAGUAGCAAACGGGCUGAUGGAAUUUUCAGGACCAAACAGAAUGACCUCAGACUUACCAUCAUUAAAUUUAAGAAAAUUUUUGGACAUCCAGGCUUUAACGUCAGUGAGGCAAGUUGUGAGAUUAAAAAGGGUGCUAGGAUCUGUGGGUUUUAGUGGCAUGUAUGAUUAAGCGUCAUCAGCAUAAAAAUGGUAGAGCCUAUCGUGAUUUUGAAUGACCUGGCCAAGGGGCAGCAUGUAUAUAGAAAAAGGAAGGGGGGCAAGAACUGAGCCUUGAGGGACACCACAACUCAACUGAGCCACCGAGGAGAUAGUGUUACCCAGAACAACGGAAAAAGUUCAAGUUCUAAAUGCCACUCUCUUAAACCUUUUACCAAAAACCAAAGAUUUGCCAUCUUCUGUAUAAAAUUUAGCCAAAAUGUCCUGCCCUUGACAGUUAAGCCCACUUGUUUCCAGAACAACAAAGGUCUGAGCUGAAGUUCAACCGGGGGGGCAACACUUUACUUUUCUGCCUCAAAGUCAUUCUUAAUAUUAAUGCAAGAGAUGGUCUUAAUUAGACUGGUCUAACCUAAGAAUUCAGAACCAUUCUGAGGCUGAGACGAGUCUUAGCAGCUGGUCCGACCAUCCGACAGUCAAACUGGACAUGUCGGCGUGUCUGACAGCCGGAUCUGAAGAUCACCCUCUGGAAAAACAGAGGGAAUAUUAAUUAAUGAAUUAACAAAGCACCGUGUCCUCCGGUCGAAGAAUGAUCUCUACCGAUCUCACCGUCAUCUUUUCUGAGCAGAUGAUCAGAAAACAGGUAUUUUUGCUCUUUUUUUGUUGAAGAUGUCCGAGCACUGCAAGAUGGAUCCCAGCUGGAGUCUUUAACUCCAUGUGGCUUCAGCUGUCAAAGACCUUUUAAAUAUCGUUUAACGAGAACGAGAACUGAUCAGGGUUCAGGUCAGAACAGUGCUGUUCUUACAGCUUAGGACAAAGAUUAUCCUUGAAAGAAAAAUAUCCCUUCCAAAAACAAAAUCAAACCAAAACGUUUCUGGUGGAUGAGACAUGACAGACCUUUACAGAACGGGUCUGUUUGUAUAAGAGCUACGGAGUAACUUCCGGUCACGUUUCCCAAAGACUCUUAUAGAAAUUAUUUUGUAUUGUAAAUAUCUCCUUGCUCACUGUUAAUGCUGUCUGAUAUGGAAAGUAGCAUUAUCACGAUAAUCAGGGAAUUUUACACUGUCGAUAUAUAUCAAGAUAAUCUGCUUCCAUAUGUAAAACUGCCAUGUUUAAGAAUCCAGCCGAGGUUCAUCAUGUUGAACUGUUGGAUAAAUGGACUGCAUUUAUAUAACAAUGUUCUAGUCUACCCACCACUCAGUGCUUUACACUGUAUGUCUCACCUUCACCCAGUCACACACAUUCACCCAUUCACACACAUUCACCUAGUCACACACGUUUACCCAAUUCACACACACAUUCACACACACAUUCACCCAUUCACACACUGAUGGAGGAGGCUGCCAUGCAAGGCACCAACCUGCUCAUCAGGAGACAUUAGGGGUUCUGUGUCUUGCUCAGGGACACUUCAGCAUGUUCUCUUGAGUAGCCAGGCAUCAAACCAGCGACCUUCCGAUUACUAGAUAACCUGCUCUACCUCCUGAGCCAUGCCGCCAAUGUAUAAUAUUAAACCAAAACUAGUUUUCAAAUAAGACUCCCUCAGAUAUUUCACACCUCAUUUUGUGAUAAAUUUUAAAUAACAGAUUGUCAUAAUCAUUCAUUUAGAUGACAAAAUUGUCUAUUACAUGAUCACAAUAUCCAGAUUUCAUCCUGGUCCAGCAACAUUGAAGGUGAUAAAUAAUAAUAUUGAGUUAUUGCCCAGCUCUACAUCUACAGGUUUCAUACAAACACAUCACACAUCACCGAGCUUAUGAAGCUUCUAAGAGACAUGACAAUCACCUUCUAUUGUCACGGCCAUUUGUAUUCGACACAACGGGGAAAAACAGACUUUCAGACACUUAACACAAAAUCUAACUUGUAUCUCUUGUCUAAAUAUCUUUCUCUUGGGUGGUGUCCGGGUGGCGUGGUGGUCUAUUCUGUUGCCUACCAACACGGGGAUCGCUGGUUCGAGCCCCGUGUUACCCCCGGCUUAGUUGGGGCGUCCCUACAGACACAAUUGGCUAGGUCUGCGGGUGGGAAGCCGGACGUGGGUAUGUGCCCUGGUCGCUGCACUAGUGCCUCCUCUGGUCGGUCGGGGCGCCUAUUCGGGGGGGAGGGGGAACUGGGGGGAACAGUGUGAUCCUCCCACGCGCUACAUCCCCCUGGUGAAACUCCUCACUGUCAGGUGAAAAGAAGCGGCUGGUGACUCCACAUGUAUGGGAGGAGGCAUGUGGUAGUCUGCAGCCCUCCCCGGAUCGGCAGAGGGGGUGGAGCAGAGACCGGGAUGGCUCGGAAAAGUGGGGUACUUGGCCAAGUACAAUUGGGGAGAAAAGGGGGGGGGGAUCUUUCUCUCUCUGUCUCUGAUGUACACCGAUGCCUCGACUGACCAACGAAGGGAAACUGGCGAGCAGGUUACCGUAUCUCCCUGGGAGACGGAACUCGUGUUCUGAUUGGUCAGACGUUGUGUCAGUCAUCCUCAGGUUAAGAACGCACAUGCUGAUGAUAAGACGAGGUGAAGCGUUGCUUCAUGAGUGAUGAUAAAAACACGUUAUAGUUCCUAGUUCUCUAUUCUACUGUGGUAUACUAGUCGGUGAAACAGGAAGUUCUGCUUUGCUGAAGUUACUGUUGUUAAUCUGAUGGUGCGGUUAACCUGCAAACCGUGUAAGACUUCAGUGAGAGUAGUUGUUGAGAUGAUGCUUUGACGUUAUACACGUGCUGAGUUUUGUUUUUCUUCACCUGUCAUUUCAGAGAACCUUCCCGUCUUUGCUGUUUUAAACAAAAUGACUGUCAGCGUUCAGUCCUGACCUGACAGACGAGCAACGGCUCCGCCGUGACAUUCACUUAAACUGCUACAAGUAUUGCAUAUUGUGUAAUGUAUUAUGUAUUGUGAUGUUUGCUGAUGACUGUCAACUCCCACGUGUUGCAAUGCACCUUAGUCUGUUUGCAGUAAGUGUGUUGGAUGUUUUAUAUCACUUGUGUUUUGUUGUGUAGUCAACAUUAAUUCCUUCACAGUCCCCUUGGGCUGGAUGUGUAUUUUGGCCGGCUGUGUACUUGCCAAAUGUACCUCUUCAGGGAAAGACAUUUCUGCCACAUGACCACCCACAGUGAGACAGACCUGUGUGUGAGGUCUGUGAGUCUGUUUUGUCGGUUUCAGUCGCGCUACCUGUUGUGUGUUUCAGUGUUUUAUAGAUGCAUUGUGAAGCACUUUGAGAUCACGUGUUGAAAUAAGAUGGUCUACAAAUACUACUUGACUGAUUUACUAUGGCUGUAUGACAAUCAGGCGUUGACCGGAAAGACAGUUGUGCCAUCUGAUGUAAUGUCAGUGUUAUUCCAUUAUGUUAUUAAAUGGUUCUCUGU